ACGUUUCGCACAAGGCAAUUUGCAAUUAAAUACUCUAAUGAUCAUCACCAAUAAAGUCUUCGUGACAUUUUGUGACGUAGUCGCCCAUCCACAAUUUUUGUAAACACGCUUGUCGAAUACACAAAUUCUAUACGAAUAGUUGAAUAGGCUAUUUAUUGCGGAAGUAAUGGCUUCCUAAAUUUUAAUUGCAGACAUUAUUUUACUAUCGAUAAUUAAAAUCGAACAUGAUGAUAAGUAGUAUUUCUUGAUCUGAUCGGGCGAGCUAUGUGAAUAAUUGUGUCAUCCGGCGUAUUCCCUUGGAUAUUUAAUGCAGCGUCCUGUAAAAGUGCUACAAAGACCUAUCCUGAAAAAGAUUGUUUGUGUCUUAGAAAAUUAUUUUCCAUUCAUGAAAUAAGCCUGUGUUCAUAACAACAAACCAGUGUAUUAAGGAUAUCAACCAAUUAAAUACGACGUUUAAAUGAUGACUUGCGAUAGGUUUUAGUGAAAUUGGAAUAUAAAGAAUUAGUUUAUUGUCAUGGAUGAUGCCGGCGGCACGAGUUCAGUGAGGAAUAAAAUGAAGGGCAACAUGCAAGAGGAAGAGGAGGAUUCUGAGGAGGAAGUGGUAGACAGCGAGGACGACGACGAGACUAUCGCCAGAAUACAACGAGCCCACUUUGCUCAGGCAGCUGCUAUGAAUGCACGGAGGCGCGCGGCUCCUCGGCCCAGGCCUAUGAGCCACAAGAGGAAGAUGGAAGCUGUGAAGAACUUUCAUGAUUUCACGAAAAAACUCAAAAAGGACACAGGAAUAACAAUUCGCAGCUUAGUUGGAAACAACAUCUUAGAGUUAAGUGAUUUUUCAAGUGAAGACAGUAAAACAGAUAGUGAUGGUUUGUCAGAAGAGGAGUUUGUGGUGAACCCCAGUGCUGUGCAGGAAUUGAAUGAAGAGAAUGAGAGUUUCAUUGACCCCGAGACAGGUGAUUUUGUGGAGGCUAAAAAGGAGUCACAAACAACAAGCAAACCUCCUGAGGAACCUCCUCCGUGCCCUGAACCGCAGGUUAAAGUAGAACAACCAGAGCAGCCGGAGCAAGAACAAGAUGAAGAAGAAGAACAACCUAAAACUCUCUCAAUUAGUGACAUUAUUGAUGAGGGAGACCUAGAUAAUAAAAAUGUUGAAAUAGCUGAAGUGGAAGAGAGUGAGUUGUGUCCAGAGAAGACUGCUGAAGAGUUGUUAGAUAUCAAACAAGAAGACAGCAGUCAAGACUUUGAUAUAACGGAGAAAUUGAAAGAAAUGGGUGAGAUUAGUGUCAAGCCUAUUGUUAAAAAGGAGGAUGAAAGUGGGGAGUCUUCAAAAGAUGGAGAAAAGAAGCCUGAAGGUGAAGAUGAGAAGAAACCAGUGAACAGCAGUGCUCUAAAUGUGCGCCGAAAUAUCAGGGAAGUCAUGGAUGAAAAGAACUUAGAUGCAUCUACUCUGGCCGCCCAGCGACAGGAGUCUGAGAGAUUGGCUCGAGUUCAGGAACAACAGAGGAUCAUCAGAGAGGUACAAAGACAAAUAGCAAUUAAUAGACAAAAUAAAAUACACCAGAAGACCAUAUCGCUACUGCAAGGAGGAUCAUCGCUUUUGAAAAAGUCUCUUCCUGGACAAAAGCUUAACUUACCAAACACAGUACUAGUAAAAUUACCAUCUGGUGAAACCAAAAAGACAGUUAAAGCAGGACAGGUGGAAGUGACAAAGCUGGUAAAACCUACAACUUCUGGGCCCCAGAAACCAGGGAAACCUGAUCAGAAGGCUGAUAAAAAAGAGGUUGUAGAGAUAGUUGAUAGCAGCAGCGGCGAGGAGUCUUCGUCUUCGUCAUCUGAUUCUGAUGAUUGCAUAAUGCUAUCAGAUUCAGAAGUGCCGCCUAGUCCUGAAGCCGAAGAGGAUCCUGGUAACUCAGGUCUCCAUGUGAACGAUGCGUAUAACAUCCCAGAUGAACAAGGUCGUGUACAGAUCAAUAUUGGUCAUCCAGAAAAUGAGGAGGAUAUAUUCUUAGCGCCACAAAUUGCUAGGGUUAUUAAACCUCAUCAGAUUGGUGGCGUGAGAUUUCUGUUUGAUAAUAUUAUAGAAUCUGUUGAGCGAUUUUCGACAUCAACGGGCUUCGGCUGUAUAUUGGCACAUUCAAUGGGUCUCGGCAAGACGUUACAAAUCGUUUGCUUCUGUGAUAUAUUUCUGAGACACACAACUUCAAAAACCGUGUUGUGUAUCAUGCCGAUUAAUACGCUUCAAAAUUGGGUGGCAGAGUUUAACAUGUGGUUGCCUGUAGACGCUAGCACGAGUCCUUUGUCGGCGCAUGGUGAAGUGCGGCCGAGGAACUUCCCUAUAUACGUGCUCAACGAUAGUCAUAAAACAUUGCAAAUGCGGGCUAAAGUUGUAAAGGAUUGGACAACAACAGGCGGAGUCCUUAUGAUAGGCUAUGAGCUAUACAGACUGCUCAGUAUGAAAAAAGACAAGAAACCUCGUAAGAAAAAGAAAGCGGAUCUUAAGUUGGAAGCCGAAAAAGAGAAAGAGGAGAAAAAACUGGAGACUCCUGACGAUACGCAGGUAAAGUCCAAAGCUUCUGAAGAGUCGAAACUAGAUAAAGAUGAUGGUGACAGUCAAGCAAAGACGGAUGAUAUCACUAAUGACAUAAAGAAAGAAGAGAAAAAGGAGGACACUGCUAAUGAUGAGGAUAAGAAGCUUUUAGAUGAAAUGUAUGAAGCAUUGGUAAAACCAGGGCCGGACUUGGUGAUAUGUGACGAAGGACACCGAAUUAAGAAUUCUCAUUCAAAUAUCUCUUAUGCAUUGAAGCAAAUGAGGACUAAGCGAAGAGUUGUCCUAACAGGCUAUCCUUUACAAAAUAAUUUACUGGAAUACUGGUGUAUGGUUGACUUCGUGCGUCCGAACUAUUUGGGUAGCAAGACAGAAUUUUGUAACAUGUUUGAGCGGCCGAUUCAGAACGGACAAUGUAUCGACUCCACGCCACAGGAUAUAAGGCUCAUGAGAUAUAGGGCCCAUGUGCUGCAUUCUUUACUUGUCGGUUUUGUACAAAGACGAUCUCAUGCCGUUCUACAAUCCACACUGCCCCAAAAAGAAGAAUACGUUCUUCUAGUGCGAAUGACGCCGCUUCAACGUAAACUGUACGACAGAUUUAUGAACGAAGUCGUUCGCUCUACCUCAGUGCCAAAUCCAUUGAAAGCUUUCGCUAUUUGUUGCAAGAUUUGGAAUCACCCAGAUGUCCUAUACAAUUUCCUGAGGAAGCGCAGUGAAGUGAAUGCCGCUAUUGAAGAGGAUUUAGAUUUAGAAGAGAUUGGUGGCGUAACUAAAGCCGGUCGCGCUCGGAACAAUAAAGCGCAACCUGGACGGAGACCCGGGAAACCACGGGGCGCCUCCAAAAAACCAGCAGCGACCAUUCCGCCUAACACAACAACUGGUCCUAUGGUUCCUCGUUCUGACGCUAACAUUUACGGAAACGCGGCAUAUCCUAACGCCCCUUACGGUCCACCACCAAACGCGUUCAGACCAGACCAACCUUCAGGGUCUUACCCACCAUACCACAAUUAUCAGAACCCAGGCCCGGGAUAUUACCCGCCAAACCAAGGGUACAAUCAGAACUAUGACAGCAAUUAUUAUCAGCAGCAACCACCAUACGGAAAUAACUAUCCUAAUCAGUACCCGCAAAACAUGCCGCCUGAGAGUGGACAAGGUUAUAACCAAAAUUAUUGGGGUAAUGGCAAUUACUACGGAAAUUCUGGAUACUAUAACAAUCCUCAGUAUCAACAAAAUAAUCAGACUCCCCAAGACUUUAGAGGCAAUCCUCCUCCCGAAUAUAAUAAUUCUCAGCAUUACCCACCGAAUUAUAAUGCACCGCCAAAUGAACAAACGCCUUAUCCAAGCAACGCGAUGCAGCCAUACUCCAAUAAUCAAGAGAGUUACCCAGGCAGUCAGCAGAGACCACCAUACCAAGGGUAUCAUAAUCACCCUGGAUACUCUGAGUAUAACUCAAACGCGCCACAAGGAUCUUAUCCUAAUAACGCUGGGUCCCAAGGUUAUCCCAAUCAACCAUAUCCUCCUCCUUAUGCCGCUAACACUUCUGGGUAUGGGAAUAACUCCACUCCUUAUAAUCAGUACGACAACCAUCCUCCCAGCUACCCGGGCUUCCCCAACAACAUGCCUUCCAAUUCUAAUCAAAAUGAUCCCAACGUGCCAACUCAACCUGCUAUCAAAAAUGAACCUAAUACAGUUCCUGGCAAUUAUCCUCCUGAAAUCAAAACCGAACCUAAUGUUGCACAAACGCAGAACACAAAUCCUGGACAAUUUGGUAAUCCUGGGUAUGGAUAUCCCACCAAUACACCUUCUUAUCCAGAGCAACAAGAAAACAACUCGAAUGGGAAUAAUUAUCCAUGCUCAUAUCCGAACUUCCCCCCUCAUCUUGAGACCAAACCACCUUUGAAUAGUGCCAGUUCAGGCAGUCCAGUAACAUCGUGGCCUAUCACAGAAAUAAAGACUGAACUUGAUAAACUUAAAGCUGAAGAGAAAACUGAAAUUAAAUCAGAGUCUGAUGGUGAGGUUAAGAUAGAAGAUUUGGAUACGAAGAAAAUAGUAAAAGAUGACCCUAAGAAGGCAUUUAAAAAUCAACCUCUAUUUUUGAAAGAUCCCAAACCUUCUGAUCCUGCCAAAAAGAAAGAUAAAGAUUCUAAGGAUAAAGAAGCAGGGAAGAGUGAUGGUUCGGAAUCUGAGGAUGAAAUAACUAAAGGUAAAGGUAAACAGAAGGGUAAAGGCAAAGAUAGUAAAAAGUCUAAGGCAAAGAGUAAAGCGAAAGCUAAGGGGCGUAGUGAUAGGAAGACUUCCAAAGAAAAGAAUAAUGAGGAUUCUGAAUCUGAAGAAAGUGAGAAAGAAGAGAAGAUGAAUAGGGAAGAAGAGUUAGCGAUGGUGAAGAAAGCCGAAGAGAUGACGUAUGAUUGGGCAGCCGAAUUGCUGAAAGAUUACAUUCCUGGCAUUAUUGAAAAUUCUGCAAAAAUGGAAUUAUUCUUCUACAUUUUGAAUGAGAGCAUAAAGCUUGGAGAUAGGCUACUGUUGUUUAGCCAGAGUUUAUUCACAUUGAAUCUCAUUGAAGACUUUUUAGAAAAGAAUUACAUUCCGGGGACUAAUUGUCUUUGGGAGAGAAAUACAAACUACUAUCGUUUGGAUGGUUCUACACAUGCUUUAGAGCGCGAGAAGCUCAUAAACGAAUUUAAUGCAAACCCGCACAUAUAUUUGUUCCUCGUCUCGACUCGGGCCGGGUCUCUCGGCAUCAAUCUUGUGGGAGCUAACAGAGUGAUUGUUUUCGACGCCAGUUGGAAUCCUUGCCACGACACACAAGCUGUUUGUCGUGUUUAUAGAUACGGACAAAGAAAGCCAUGCUUCGUGUAUCGCUUUGUAAUGGAUUGCUGUCUCGAGAAGAAGAUCUAUGAUCGUCAGAUAAAUAAGCAAGGCAUGGCUGAUCGCGUUGUGGACGAGUGCAAUCCUGACGCCGUCCUGUCUAUGAAGGAAAUCACUAAUCUGUGCUUUGAUAAUGAUGAAAAGGAAACGGAAAUCAAAGAUCUUUCUGAGCACAAAGAUAAGUACAUAGACGUGUUGAUGCAAGGCGUUAUAUCGCAACACGGGAGGAUGUUGAGCAAGGAGCCCUUCCAACACGAGUCCUUGUUAGUUGAUAGGAAGGAAAAGAAGCUAUCUAGUGCCGAAAAGAGGCUAGCGCAAAGAGGGUACGAACUAGAGAAGAAGGCAGCACUGGCUCCCAAACCCACCACAGCAUACCGUACAGUGCGUACUGCCGACGGCAGUCUAGUGCAGAGGCCGGUCGCGUCAGUGCGGCCCAUGCAGCACGGCGCGCGGUGGAUCCCCGCCGACGUGUGGCGCCGGCAGGGCAUGACUGCGCAGGAGAUGACGCUGCCGCUCGAUGUUGUAAUACCAACGAACUCGGCUGAAAAGACUAACAUAGUUCUGAAGGCAGGACAGCGAGUCAUGGUAUUGAAAUCACCAAAGGGAAUUUACAUGCAAUUAGAGUCUGGGAAAAUUAUUGCCAUCAAGACAUCAUUUAAAGGCUUGGGACAAAAAGGAGAUAAUAAAGAUAACAACCCCUUAGGAAAGAAAGUCAUUGCAAGUCGUCCAAUUACAAACAUACCAGGGUCAUUAAAGAAUAAUUCUGCAAUUACUAUUACAUCUAAAACGGGUCCAAGACCUGGGUUCCACAGAGUUAUAAGGCCUUCUAUAAUAGGGCAGAACAAAAUGAGGCCCAUGAUGCCUGGUCAAAAAAUAUCUGACAUUAGGAGUCGAUUGGGUGAACUAAGGUCUUACUCAGGCAUGCGCCCAAAGUCCCCAUUACAAGGCAGGUUGAUGCGACCGAACUUACCUGGAUCGGUGAGUAUAACAAAAAUACCCAGAGAGCCCAAGAAAUCCGAAGCAGACAGCAACGAAUCUGGUUCCACUAGCAAGAUGGAAGUAAACUCUGAUGAAGACACUCAAGUAUUAGAUAGUGACGAUGAGGACGAGAAUAAGCAACAGCAAUCAAAACCAACCUCUGAUGCAGAACAAGAGAAAAAUAAACCAGAAACUCAACAACCACCUAAGCCCAGUGAACCAGAAAAGCCAAGUCAACCUCCGACAAGUGAAAAGGAAUCAAAACCUGAAGCAGAACCUAUCGUCUUGACAACAGAUGAAAAAUUACCAUCAGAGGAUGCUCUAGAGAAUAGAACGACAGAGGAAAAUGCCUUGGAAUUAACAAAAGUACCAGAUAUGUCUAAAGUAGACGCGGCAGAUUCCCACCGCUCUGCUGAGGCUGUCGAAAGGAAAAUAAAUCCUCUUAAAAAUUAUAGGCAUCAGAGGCCUGGCGGACGGCCAUCCCUAGAGUCCAGUCUUAGUCAGCUGGAAAGAACAGCAAGUGUGUUGAACAAAGAGGGCAUGCCGGAUUUCCGUAAGAACUUAGACGAUAUUACGCAGUCGUAUUCUCCUACGGGUGAAGAGAAGGCUGGUGCUAAGACUAAGAAGAGACGAUCGCCGGUGAAACCUGAAGCUGUUCCUGAGGGCUUGCCUCCUGCACCGGCGCCUGCACCCAUGCCGCACAGUGUGUCGAGUCUUCUGGGUCCGACGGCGGCCCCGCGCUUGCGGAAACCGUCACCGGCGCCACUGGCCGCGCCCACCGCGCCACUAGAGAGCGUGGCCACGCACCCGCGCCUCAUGCCGCGCCACGAGCCCGCGCAUGCGCACAUGAAGCCUUCCCCCGCCAUGCCGCUCAGCCUCAGCCACCCCGCCAUGAUGAGUGGCGGCACAGCCGUGCCCGCUGACUUGUCCAAGUCCCCUAUCCCUGGACCCUUGGCACAUGGCCCGCCCGGACCGCCUGUGCCGCCGCCCGGACAAGCCUAUCCUGUUGGAAAUCCACCUCCUGAAGGACAUUACGCUCAGUACCCAGGUUACGGCAUGGGCUACGGCGCGUACCCGACGCCCGCGUACUACGGCGGGUACGGCGGCGGCGCGUACUACCCUGGGUACGCGGGGCCUGGGGGUGCCGUGCCGCCGUACGCGGGAGCUCCGCCGGCACCCGCGUACGCACCUGAAGGCUACCUGCCCCCUAACUCCCAGUGGUAGACGCGACUGACUGCCAACUAGUGCGAAAGUCUCGAGUGUGCCCAUAUUCAGUGUAGAGACAUUGUUGUGCGUGACCGAGUGUUCCUUUAGAACGAUUGACUCGCUUCCCGGUCGAGUGAGCGUGGCUUUAAAUUUUCAAUCGUUUGGCUCCCGACGAAGCUCGAUGAGCCCCGCCGGGUCUAUUCUCCGUAUUAUAUUUAUUCUCUUUUAUGCUGUAAGUGUCUGACCCAUAUUUCUGUCAUAUGUACCGGUAACUAUAAUAAUUCAAAAUCCAUUCACAAUAAUCUUGAUGUGAAUGUACAUGAAAUACUUUCUGGAAAUUCCAUUUUUAAUUAUACAAAAAUGAGACGAAUUUUUGCAUCCCCUUACAUAUGUUUAUCAAUCUAUAUCUAUGGAAUUUUUAAUCAAUGGAUAUCAAUAACUAGGGAGUUUUAACUUUAGAAAUGGUUUUGUAGAAUCAAAACAUUUAAUUUGAAUAGCAUAACAUUUUCACCAUAAUAUCCAUACAAAUACUUAAAUUACAUUAUAAUCAAUAAACAGUUAAUUUAAUGAACACAAAUUCCUUGUACAACUAUGCCCUGAUUUUCUAAAGUAUGAAAAUUACUGGAAAGUAUUAGUCACAAAAUUUGAAGCUUGUGAAAGAUUUAUGAUUGUAGAUAUUUAAUUUAAAUGCAAAAUUGUAUACAUAUUUUUUAAACUUAUUUAUAUAUUCAUCAACAGUUUCGAUAUGAUAUGUGAUUAUCCUUAAGUACUUACUAUGAAAUAUGAUGUAAAAAAUACAACACUAUUAGAGCGAUCUUCAGAAAACUGUGUGAAAUUUAACUAUUAAUAUUAUUAUGAAUGUGUGUAAAUUCCUUAUUUCUCCAAGCUAAUUACGCGAUGAGUGUAGAAGUUUCAAGUACAUAUUCAAUCCCACUAAUAGUUAAGUGUGGUCGGUUGUCAGUAAGUCCUUCAUUACUGUGGCUAUGGAUCGUUAAUGGAUGUGAUAUGUCGCUGCAUAGUGUUAAGUCGAAUAUAGCUUGUACGGAGUAUUUAUCAAUCGUAAUAUUAGAUAGGCGCCCUUAGUAUCUUAGAAACUUUAGUUUCUCAUUUAACCUACAGGUCCGUGAUAUGUUUUUACAUAGCAGUUAUGUAUGCAAAUGCUAUAUGCAUAGAGAACUAUUUAUCUAAUUUUAAAUGUGUUCUAAACGAUAUGAUCUGAUUGCGAAAUCGUUUACAACUUAAUUGUAGUCAUACAUUUCUAUUUUUUCUUUGGUGUGUUUUCGGAUGCGUUGCCUUUUGAAAUUCACUGCAUUGUGUAACUGUGCUGUGGGUGUAAUAACAUUCUUUGUUAAUGUAAUAUUUGGACAAAGUCUGUUUGUUUACAUUAACACAUUAAAUGCAUUAGAAGAGUCUCUGUACGCGUUGUCCUCUCAUUAGCAGUAUUAUUUGUCGCUUGUGAAUACGAUCAUAGGAGAUUAAAGUGUAGGAUAAGGUUAAAUAAUAAGUUUUGAAUUGAAGGUUUGUAUUUUAGGUCAUGUGUGUCUACUCACAUUUUAUAAAACUUGUAGGACGCAAAUUCAUGAAUUAAAAUUUAGUAGUAUAAUUAUACUAAAAGACUAGACAUGAGUUUACACCAUUAAUAUUAUAAGACUUGAUAUUAUUUUUUAUUGUUUUGUACAUUUUUAUGUUGUAAAGCCUUUUACACACCAGACAAAAAGUAGAAAUAUUGCCGUGUAUUAUUUUAAUAAAAAUAGGUCUUCAAUCAUUUAUGUAUGUUGUCCUGUGUACAAAUAGCGUUCGAAAUUACAUUCGAAGUGAUACAAUGAUAAACGUUGCAUUUUAAAUUGGUCAACUAGUAUUGUACCGGCGAUAUCCAAUAAAGAAAUCAGUAAACAA